CUCGCGGAGCACAGUGUCAAAAUUUCUGGCGUUUGAAAUAAAUAGUUAUUUUUUGGGAUUGAUUAUUCAGUUUAGCACCGCAUUAUUCCAAACAUUUUUUGCUUAAAGGUUUGGGGUACAAAAUUCAUAACUCAUUGCAAUGUUCCGACUUGGCAAGCUCCGUGGCAGCCUGUCUAAGGUUGCCAAAAAUGAACCAUCAGCUGUGCGGUUCCAAAGGCGCUGCAUUCAGGCAAGGAGUUUCUUGCCGGGACUGGCCAGCCGGACUUCUGGAACGCCCUCGGCUACAGCCCAGGUUACCAGUGGUGGUAAACAGAACUCUCAGUCGCAGGUUCAGCCAUCCGAUAAUGUCCCCAAAGAUAAUAACAGCCGAUGGCCAAGGAAAAUCUUUAGUGGCAUCCAGCCGACAGGAUCCCUGCAUCUAGGUAAUUACCUGGGCGCAGUGCGCAAGUGGGUGCAAUUGCAGAAUUCCCGUGACGAUGUUACGGUCUGCAUUGUAGACCUGCACUCCAUCACAAUGCCCCACAAUCCGCCGCUACUGCGCGAGAACAUUUUCACGAUGGCCGCCACGUUACUUGCCUGCGGCAUGGACCCCGCCAAAAGCACCAUCUUUGUCCAGUCCGCCGUGGCUGAGCACGCCGAGUUCAAUUGGAUCCUCAGCUCGUUGACGACCAUGCCGCGUUUGGCUCAACUGCCGCAGUUCCGGGAGAAGUCCCGCCUGCUAAAAGAUGUCCCCCUGGGCUUGUACGUCUAUCCGGUUCUUCAAGCAGCUGAUAUAAUGCUCUACAAGGCCACCCAUGUUCCUGUGGGAGCUGAUCAAAUACAGCACAUCCAACUGGCCCAGCACUUGGCCAAAACUUACAAUGGUCGAUAUGGCGAGACGUUCCCUGUGUGCCACGCCAUUAUCGAGGACGGUGAUGCCUCCCGGGUGCUGUCCCUGCGUGAUCCUUCCAAAAAGAUGUCCAAAUCGGAGGCCAAUCCUAAGGCCACCAUUAAUUUGUGCGACUCUGCUGACCUUAUUACGCAGAAGAUAAAGAAAGCGGUCACAGACUUCACCUCGGACAUUACUUACAAUCCUGGCAAGCGCGCAGGCGUCAGUAACCUGGUUAACAUACAUUCCCAAGUUACGGGACAGUCCAUUAAGACAGUGGUCGAUGAGGCCGCCACCCUGGACACGGCGAAGUACAAAGACAGAGUGGCCGAGGCUGUGGUUGAACAUUUGCGUCCGAUCCGGGAGCAGAUUCAUCAUCAUAUGACAAGGCGCAACGAAAUGAUCUAUUUGCUGGAAGUGGGAGCGGAAAAGGCGCGUCAGCAAGCCCAUCAGACGUUGAACGAUGUGAAGCAACGUCUGGGAUUGGGCACCAGUGUUAAUAUUCCGGCUGCCGUGCAUGUGGCCCCGCUUUUACCUGUACCUGAAGUUUCCAAGACCUCGGCCAGCAGGCGAAUGUCUGCAGCGAAUGACGGCAGCGUCCACGAGCGUCACGAGCGAAUGUAUGGAUUCGGGGAUCAGCCAAGCGGCGGACCUGGUCAACCGACCACCGGGGAACUACCUGAGAUGACAAAAGCGGCAGUUCCGCGAAUGAUCCGUCGUCCACCAGUCGUGCCCGCUCAAUCUCUCCGCGUGGAGAAGCAGCCGGGCAGUACCCGGACACGUCACGUAUUCCAGAUGGACACAUGCAAUGCACCACAUAUUGGGUUCAAGGCCCCGCCGAAAUUUGCGGCCAGCAUGGUCACCGGAGGUCUAUCGAAGACCAUGCGACCGACUGUUAAACCUAUAUCUGGCUCCUUGGGAUUCGGGCAGCACUCGCAUGGUGGCUCUUACAAGAACAGCCAGAACGUUAACCCCAGUGCAGUGUCCACUAUUGCCCGCGAAGUAAAUGCUGCUAAGAAGCAGGAAUUCAACUUAACCAACUCUGCCUUCUACACAUCUGCCCUUGAAUCAUGUACGAGUUCCAAGCGCCCCAGUGAAACCACCACUUCCAAGGCUGGAGACAGUGAGUUUAUCAUUGUCGCAAACGAUGAGGAGGAGCAGUCUUCCUCUGAGGAGCAACGCGAAGAGGUUGAGGAUGAGGAGACUGUGGAUCGGGAAAGUGAAACUACAGAGCGCAAAGCCACUGAAGCUACCAAAGUCGAGAUUUAAGUCUAGGAAACAUUGCAAUUGUUAUUAGUGUAGUACAAGUAUACUUAGAUAACAUUUCUGUUAAAUCUGCCGUUUUUAUAAUAAUAGUAGACUGGAGAGGACUUGUCAAUAUUGAAAGAUAUGUCAAUAAUUUAAGAAGUAUUUUAAACUGCAAUUUGAUGUAUCUAAAUCGAAUGACAAAUGUAAAACGAAUAGCUACAAUUAUUGUUAUAUAUAAUUUUAUAUACACUAUAAGAGCAAUAAUAUGGUCCCUUAAAACGUAAAAUCCCACGUUAUUAAAUGGAUGGCUUGCUUAAAGUGCAAAAUUAUAAGCAAAUAUCGCCUUUAAAUAAACUAAAACCAUUGUUUAACAUAA